CAACAACGAAAAACCUUCUCUACUAGUGUAAAACUCAGUUCUCCCAGGUCUCAGUGGACUCAGUUGGGAGUAAAUCCAACAUUUCCCUGUACAUCUCUAGGCGUCAAGAUGUCCAUCGCUAAUGCAGCCGCGCAGGCCAUGCUGUCGGAUGCCUUGCUCCGGGACCGCGCCGGGGGCAGCCAUAUCGGUCACCUGGAGCUGGAGCUGCCGCUCGACAGAGUCAUCAAGUUUGUGUCCGUGGGGCUGCCCUUGCUGCUGGUGUCCAUGGCCUUCGCUCGCGAAAUCUCCAUCGGCCCACAGAUCAGCUGUUUCCCACCUAACAACUUCACAGCCAGGCAGGCAGCCUAUGUUGACACGUACUGCUGGGACUCCCUGAUGCACCAUGAGUUUGACACAGAUGGAAAGUUCGAGGAGCGAUCCCUCUGGGUGCACAAGAUUUUCCCUUACUCUCUGUUGGCUAUGACCAUGAUGAUGUACCUGCCUGCCCUCAUCUGGCGUUUCCUCGUGAUGCCAUCGCUGGGCUCUGACCUGCUCUUCAUCAUUGAUGAGCUGGACAAGUCCUACAACCGCUCCAUACGAUUGGCUCAGAGCAUCCUGGAGAUGCGACAGAACACCCAGAACCCCCUCACAUUCCAAGCCGAGCUUGAGAGGGCCAAGAGGAAGCGCUACUUCGAGUACCCCCUGUUGGAGAGGUACAUGCAGAGCAAGCAGAGCUCCUACUUCCUGGUCAGCAUGCUCUUUCUCCGCGGCUUCCUGUUGCUCACCUUCAUGUCGGCCGCCUGCCUCUACCUCGUCUAUUUCCACCUGUCCGCCUUCCUCCGGGACGAGUUCAGCUGCUUCGUCCGCACGGGCCUGCUGCGUGACCAAAACUGGGUUCCCGAGCUGGUCCAGUGCAAGAUGACCGGCCAACUGGUCUUCCAGGUGAUUAGCGUGGCUAACGGCGCUAUCUAUGUCCUGUUGGUGCCUAUCGUGCUGUUCAGCUUGGUCCGCCUCUUCUGCUGGGAUACGGCUCUAUUGUCGGUGUAUGAGGUUCUCCCCGCAUUGGGCCUCAACAGCGGUCACAAACUGGGCUGCCCGCUCAACGACCUCAACGUUCUUUUACUGUUUCUGCGCGCUAACGUGGUGCACCUGCAAUCUUAUGGCAGACUGAGGGCUAUAUGCUCGCUGGCACCCCCGCAGAUCGGGAAGGGGAAUGGCAUGAAGGGUGUGAGGAUGCUGACGGAGGAGGAGAUUGAGGAGAGGGCCGAGAUGGCGCAGGAGUUGGAGGAGGACGUGGAGGAGCUGCAGGAGGAAGGGAAGCUCAACCUGGUGGACAUCAUGACCAUCUUAGGAGCGGCCCGGGGAAACGCUGUCAACUGCACAGAGUCCAGGCCAUUGGUGGAGGAGAAUAUGAGUCUGGAGCCAAACCACCAGGGGUACCAUGAGUUGAAGGAGACUGCACCAUGUAAAAAUGACUAAAUCACCAAUGGACAUCAAUGUGACACCAAUCAAUGUGGAUGAAGGAAAAAUAUACUGAACAAAAAUAUUAAAGCAACAUGCAACAAUUUCAAAGAUUGUACUGAGUUACAGUUCAUAUAAGGAAAUCAGUCAAUUUAAAUAUGUUUCAGGCCCAAAUCUAUGGAUUUCAAAUGACUGGGCAGGUGUGCAGCCAUGGGUUAGCCAGGCCCAGCUAAUCCGAAUUAGUUUUCCCCCCAAAAAAGGGCUUUAUUACUGACAUAAAACCAUUCCGCAGGUGAAGAAGCCGGAUGUGGUGGUCCUGGGCUGGAGUGGUUACAUGUAAUCUGCAGUUGUAAGGCCGGUUGGAAUUACUGCCAAGUUCUCUAAAACAAUGUUGGAGGCGGCUUAUGGUAGAGAAAAUAGCAUGUAAUUCUCUGGCAACAGCUCUGGUGGACAUUCCUGCAGUCAGCAUGUCAAUUACAGUACAUGCUCCUUCAAAACUUGAGACAUCUGUGACGUGUUGUGUGACGAAAUUGCAUUUUAGAGUGGCUUUUUUUGUGUAAUAAUCAUGCUGUUUAAUCUGCUUCAUGAUAUGCCACACCUGUCAGGUGAAUGGAUUAUCUAGGCAAAGUAGAAAUGCUCACUAACAGGGAUGUGCACAUCAUUUGAGAGAAAUAAGCUUGUUUGUGACAAACAUUUCUGGGAUAUUUUAUUUUAGCUCAUAAAACAUAAAACUACACUUUAUAUGUUGCAUUUAUAUUUUUGUUCAGUAUAGCUAGGUUUAGAAGAUUAGUUAAAAAAUACUUAACCCUGGAGAGAAGUGAGGGACGGUGUUCUGUACUCAGAGAAAUUGUUCCAAAAAGCCUCCAUUAGAAUGAAAAGCUUGGUGGUUGA